GCACUGAGACCUCCACUAAUCUGCACCAAAAGCUGCAUUAUCAUGUAUUAGGAACUAACCAGUCAGAGGAUGUCCUGUGUGCUGAAUUUCCUGAUGAACCAAAGUGGAUGGGUGGAGCUGAGGUGUCAGAUGAUGGUCGAUAUGUCUUGCUGUCUAUCAGAGAAGGCUGUGAUCCAGUGAACAGACUGUGGUAUUGUGAUCUACAGAAAGAGGCUCAGGGUAUAUCAGGAAUUCUUCAAUGGGUGAAACUGAUAGAUAACUUUGAGGCUGAGUAUGAGUAUGUCACGAAUGAAGGAACUGUGUUCACUUUCAAGACAAACCGCCACUCUCCAAAUUACCGGUUAAUCAACAUUGACUUCAGCGACCCAGACGAAUCCAAAUGGAAAGUUCUUGUCCCUGAACAUGAAAGGGAUGUUCUAGAGUGGGUUGCUUGUGUGAGGUCCAAUUUCCUGGUUUUGUGCUACCUGCAUGAUGUGAAGAAUAUCCUGCAACUCCAUGACCUAGCCACUGGUGCACAUCUCAAGACUUUCCCCCUAGAGGUUGGCAGUAUUGUGGGAUAUAGUGGCCAAAAGAAGGACACCGAAAUAUUCUAUCAGUUCACUUCCUUUUUAUCUCCAGGUAUUAUAUAUCACUGUGAUCUGACCAAAGAGGAACUGGAGCCAAGAGUUUUCCGAGAGGUGACUGUGAAAGGAUUUGAUCCUUCGGUUUACCAAACAAUUCAG